CUGACUAAAUAGUCAUUAGCUCAUUCUAUUAAAUUUAAAAUAUCAAAUUUACUGCUAAUAUUAAUUAAAAAAUUCCUUUGGAGGUUACUGAGCUCAAUUAAAUAUUCCUUAAAAUCAGAAUCUUUUGUCUGAAUACACUUGUCUGUCCUUGUCCACUAUGACAUAACAUUUGUUAAACCGCACAAUAAUUUAGCAGGCCACUUUUAAGAGAUUUCAGUGAAAUUAUUUCACUAACUAGAAAAAGGUUCUGGCUUCUCUUUGAGGUGGCUUAAUUUAUGGCUCGCCGGAGGGAAGUUGCAACCAGCGGAGAUGCUCAUCGCCGGCGGUCAAAUUCUCUGGCAGAUAAACCAAAGUGGCGCUUUUUCAAGAUAAUCCUUCCCAGUACCUUAACUGAAAAGAAGCUGAGGAUUCCGAUUAAGUUUGUGCGUAGAUUUCGAGAUGAACUGUCUAAUGUUGCUAACUUCAUCGUCCCUAAUGGCUGUAAUUGGAGAGUCUCAAUGAGAAAAGACCAAAAUGACAUUUGGUUUGAUGAUGGUUGGCAUGACUUCGUAGAACAUUAUUCGAUUGGCAAAGGCUACUUUCUAAUCUUUGCAUAUAGAGGUUUCUCCAGUUUCGGCGUCUUCAUAUUUGAUACAACUGCUUGCGAAAUUGAAUAUACGGAGAAUGUUGGAAGCCCGGUUGAUGGUGAAAGUCUGCUGGUGCCAAAAUGUGAAGAUUUCGAAAUUAUUACCACUGAAAACUUGGAGUUUAGGAAGGUUUCCUUAGAAAGUAAGGCAGCAAUUGAAUUAGCUAGACAGUACAUACCGAAACAUCCUUGUUUCAUGGCUGUGUUGUACGUGUAUAAUUGCAGAGAGCUGCAUGUACCUUCAAAAUUUGCAACAAGGUAUCUAAGUGCAACUCCUAAAUUAUUUAAGUUUGAUGUUUCUGAUGGAAGAGAGUGGACCGUUGCCCUCCGAAAACAACGUGGACUUUUCAGUUUUGGAAAAGGAAUGAGACCAUUUUUCAGGGACAAUAACUUGAAGGCCGGUGAUGUUUGUGUCUUCGAGAUGAUAAAGUGUAAUGAGGCAAUGAAAGUUACUAUUUAUGCAGUUCAAGGUGAUACAAAAAUUAUCGACACUUCAAUGUCGGACUCUACAGAUGUAUCCCCAGAAAGUAAGAUUGCGAUUCAUGCUGAUAGAAACUAUAAACCUAAAAAUCCGUGUUUUAAAGUUUUGUUGGGCACAUAUUGCGAUCGUGAUAUGAUGCAUGUGCCAAGACACUUUUUGAAGAGGUAUCUUAGAGGAGCUCGUGGGUAUGUUAAACUGGCAAUGUUUGGCGGACGAGUUUGGACAAUCUGCCUCCGUAAAAGUAGUCACAAACGUGCAGCAUUUGGGAAGGGAUGGCAAGCAUUUUGCAGAGAAAACAAUCUGAAGGCAGAUGAUGUUUGUGUUUUUGAGCUGAUAACAAAAAAAUGUGAUGCUGAAAGCUUCUAUUUCUCGUGCAGUUCGUUAAAGGCAUGAAAAGCCUCAGCUUGUCUUUCUGUUGAUGGAUUGUAAGAAAUGCAUAAGUGAUUUUGCAUGAUAAAGUAGACUGCCAGUGCCUUUUUUUGUUUUAUCAAAUAUGUAUAUACUAUGUUUUACUCUCACAAAGUUUCUCUUUAAUUCCGGUUUGAACUCAUGCCUAUGUUUUACA